GGCGUCUUGGACACCUGACCCCAACCCUCCGCGAGCUUCCUCCGCUCGGACUGCCCGCCACCGACCUGUCCUCGCCUCCGCCGGCCCUGCCUGCCUGGGGCAGCCAGGCUUCCAGCGGCUAGGGUAGGACUCACCCCAACCUCUGGGCAACAGGGGAGAAAGGGUGGAAAGGAAAGCCAAUGGGGGCCAGGCAGUCCAGCGCCGCUCCCAAGGACCGGGGCCCCGGGGGGAUCGUGUUUCUGCGGAGGAGGCAGAAAUUCUCCCCUUGGGAUGACGCCCUGCUCUCGGGAAAGGACCCCCGGUCCCUGCUGAAGCGGGGCAUGCGCCACAUCAGCUUCAGCCUGGUCACCAAGGGAAUGACGGACAUCCCCGACUUUCUGUGGGGCUUGUCCGAGGUCCAGAAACUCAAUCUGUCUCACAACCAGGUCAAGGUUCUGCCCCCCGAGGUGGGGAGGCUCACCCGGUUGGUGGUCCUGAACUUGUGCGGGAACCACCUGAAAAGCCUGCCACAGGAAAUCAGCCUCCUCAGGGGCCUGAAGGUGCUGUUCCUCGACAUGAACUUCCUGACCGACGUGCCGGCCGAGCUGGGCGCCUGCAGGAGCCUGGAGGUCCUGAGCUUGUCACACAACCGCCUGUCCCAGCUGCCCGCCAGCUUCGCCGACCUCUCCAGGCUCAGGAAGCUGAACCUCAGCAACAACUGUUUUGCUCACAUCCCCAUCUGCGUGUUUGCACUGAAGGAGCUGGAUUUCUUGCACGUGGGCUCCAAUCGCCUGGAAAACAUCGCCGAGAGCAUUCAGUGUCUGGGCAGCCUGCAGAUCUUCAUCGCGGAGAACAACAACAUCCACUCCUUCCCGCGGUCGCUCUGCCUCCUCACCAGCCUGGAGCUGCUGAACUUGAACAACAAUGACAUCCAGACCCUCCCGGAAGAACUCUACCGGCUGUGUAGACUGGUGAGGAUUGCUUGGAAUCCCAUGGACAAGGGGCUGCACAUUUCCCACAACCCGUUAUCUAAGCCUCUGCCAGAGCUGGUGGAGGGGGGCCUGGACUUACUGGUCAGCUACCUGAAGGACAAAAAGCACAACUGACUGACACUCUGUCAGCUGGGUGCUUCUCUGGUCUAAGCUUUCUCCUCUUACUGCUUGUGUUGAUCAAAGCUUGUGUUAAUAUUUGCUCAAUCGUAGUUGAAAGCCAUUCCAGGUAGAGGUUUGCUUUACCUCUGUAUGUUCCUAAUAACUCCCAUAAUGUGUUCAUCUCAUUCUAAACAUAAAUGGUAACAGGACUUUGGUUUUCUCCAAAGAGAAAUAAUUGCUCUAAUUUUCCUGAGGAGCAGUGUGAUUCAACCCUUGCAAUAAUGGUCAGCAGGUCUGAUUCAGUGGAAUCCAAAAGUUAAAUAUUUACUAAAUAUAUGCCAAGUAUGAUAUGAGGCAUUGGCAACUUCUGGUUUCAGUCUCUGAAUUGGCAACCUGUAGCCAGGUAGCAACAGCAACACAUGCUCCUGCCCCAGCUGGAACCAAGCACUACUUGGGACCAAAGAGUAAGUUGGAGCCCUGCUCUCUUGGCCAUGACGGAAUCAGACAGAGCUGUCCCCCUCGAGUUCUGGGGGGAACAAUUAGAGGAAAUUGUCUCUAAAAUGACUGUAGAGUAACAAUCAAGUUUUUUUAUGUUUACAUGUGGUGGUGAGUGACUGGGACAGCAUGAUGGCUUUCAGAUAGUAAAUACAAACCGAUUUGAAUGUGCAGCUUCAAACUUUUUCCCUGUCCUCUUGCAACCACAGUCAUGUCCCGGAGCUUUUCUAAAGAUGCCAGUCAAUGCUCGUCAUCCUUUCUGAUGUCACUUCUCCGCCUUGGCUGGAUUCACCCUCUCAGAGACAGGAUAGUAAUUGAGAAAAACAAUGGCCAAAGGGCAGGAAAAAGGAGGUAAGGCAUAGACAAGCCACACAAGCAAUGUAAUUACCCUUCCAACAAUAGAGAUGGUAAUAUUUGCCACUUGGCUUUCACAUAUGGAUAUUUAAAAAUGACUUUAGUGACAUUUAAAAGCUCU